AUUUUUCAAACGUCGGAUACAAAUAAAGUUAUUUUGGGACAAAGGGUGUACCUAGAAGUGUCAUGGAUUAAUUUACAGCGAAGACGAGUUGUACCAACUACACUCCCUAAGAGCAUCUCCAACAGCCUCUCUAAUUGACUCUCCAAGUUAAAUUUUAGCAAUUAUAUCCAAAAAAAACAUGCUCCAACAGCCUCUCCAACUCACUGCUAUUUGGCUGGCCAAACCAUCCUCCUCACUGGCUACAUUUGGCCAUUCUACUUGGCUGGUCAAUGGUGGGCCCCACACAUCCCAUCUCCUCCACCCCCUCCCCCCUCUCUCUCUCUCUCGCAGUCUCGCAUCCGUCUUUUUCCCACCCAAUCUCGACGGCGAGCUCGAGCACGGCGCGAGGAGGCACGGGAAGGAGCACUGCUACGAUGCGGUGACGACAGUGCCAGCCGCGACAAUGGCGCCCGUAGCCCCAGGCGAUGGUGGACAACGGCGACGACAACGAAGAGACCGCCAUCCGUGCGCGCAUCCUCUCCCAUGCGAGCGGCGGCGGUGCCGCAGCCGCCGGCCUACGCCUGCCGCUUCCGCUCGCCGCUUCCCGGCUCAGCUCGCCUCAGCCCGCGGCCUCAACUCGCCACAGUCCCCGCCUCCGCUUGCCGCAGUCGUCGGUCUCCGCUUGCCUCAACCCGUGACCCGCCUCCGCCUCAGCCCGCCGCCUCCGCUCGCCACCACCUGUCGCCUCCGCUCAGCCCGCCAGCUCUGCGUCGCCUCCGCUUGCUGCAGUCCGCCGCCUCGCCGCCACCGCUAUCUGCAGCUCGUUGCUUCGCACGCUCGUGGCCCGCCGUCCGCCGUCGCCGCAUCGGAGGAGAGGUUGUGGGAAGAAGGCUGUAGACUGUAGUCCAGGAGGAGGAAGGGAGAUGUGAGUGGGAAAAUGGGGUGGAAGAGGAAGAAGAAGGGUAGCAGAGACUAACAUGUGGGUCCUAUUUGUAAUAGACUAGUAAUAGACUAGUAAUGGAGAGGGUAGACAGAGAGGCUCUUGGAGCGAGUAACGACUUUGACUUGCUAAAUCAAAUGGAUAGCUGGCUAUAUAGAUGUUUGGAGAGUCUAUUUUAGAGAGACUGUUGGAGAUGCUCUAACAACCCAAAGAUGAGGUCCCGCAUCUUGUGGAUGAGCCACGCUGAGCGCUUCUUCAUGUGGCUCGGCGGCUUCUGUUGCUCUGAGCUCCUCAAGGUACUUGAGAGCCAUCUUGAGCCGCUGACGAAUCAGCAGUUGAUGGGCAUCUGCAACCUGCAGCAGUCGUCGCAGCAGGCCGAGGACGCGCUGUCACAGGGGAUGGAGGCUCUGCAGCAGACGCUAGGAGACACACUGGCAUCGGCGGCCGCCACCGUGGUCGUCGGCGGUGUAGGCGCCGACAACGUCACCAACUACAUGGGACAGAUGGCCAUCGCCAUGGCCAUGCUCACCACGCUGGAGAACUUCCUCAAGCUUCGGUCAAACAUCAAUGGCGAACUAAAUUGCUUAUUACCAUGGCGUGAUGCGAUGAUAUUUUUGUGUAGGCUGAUCUGCUGAGGGCAGAUGCAUCGGAUCCUAACCACGAGGCAGGCGGCGCGGGCGCUGCUCGUCAUCAACGACUACUUCUCGUGGCUCCGAGCGCUAAGCUCGCUGUGGCUGGCGCGGCCGAGGGACGCGCGUCACGGCAUGGCAGAGCGCGCAUCGCACCGACCGCGCCCCCGGCGGCACGGCCAGACGAGGAGCAGGAAUAGGAAGAGGAAGAGGACUGUAGUACCACCUGCAGCAGCUACUUUUCCUGAUCUGCUGCCGGAGGAGAUUGUGGUGGAGAUUCUGGCUCGGCUGCCCGUCAAAUCCCUGCUACGCUUCAAGUCCGUCUGCAGAGGGUGGCGUGCAAUCAUCUCCGAGCCAUCCUUCAUCCGAACGCAACUCCAGUGCUCGGCUUCUAAACAGGAGCCAUCCAUCCUCAUCAGCCCCCACACCCUCCUUGGGCGUUGCGAUAUUCAACCCCCAGUUGGAGGACUAGGUGAUUGGCCCAACAACUUCUCCACCCAAAUCAGCUUCUACCAAUGGCAGCGAGGUGCCUCCAUUGCCAGGUUCAUGGAUGCCACGGCCUUCCCUGCCAACGAGUUCCACCUCGUCUGCCACUUCGCCCACUGCGAUGGCCUAGUGCUCGCCCCCACAGACACCAACCUCUACCUCUUCAACCCGGCCACGAGGGACACCAUCACUCUCCCUGACGGCCAUGGUGAUAACCACCACCAUGGCACGGAAAUGGAAGCUUGCUACGCUGCAGGGCUAGGCCUAGAUCCUGUCACACGCAAGUACAAGGUGGUUCGAGCAUUCUACCGUUCAAUGGACCCCAUCCGCAUGGGGAUGGAGGUGUUCACCGUCGGUGAAACGGGCGCAGGCUGUGGCUGGAGGGAGACCGUCACUGAUCCUCCCUACCCUGUCAGUAGAUGGCUCACUGCCUUCACUGUCAAUGGUGGCUACUUGUUCUGGUACAUGGAUCGGUUUCGCUACCCUAAUGACACUCUCCAUGGUGGCCUCCUUUGGUUUAGCCUGCAAGACCAAGCGUUCCGCGUCACUCUUCUUCCUCAUUCACUGGACCCUGCCCUAGAUGACAAGGUCAGGCCGGACGUGCUACACGGCGAAUUGUGCGUCCUUCAUGCCAACAGUGACACCAUGCCUGUGACGAUUUGGACGACAAAUUCGCCGUCUUUUGAUGAUUGGGAGCGGCGAUACUGCAUCUAUGUCUCGAGACUUUGCCAUCCAAUGGGCCUUCUUGGUGAUGGCGGGAUGUUGCUGUGGGCAAAACACACCAUCCACCGCUACGACCUGUGGAGCGAUGAGCUGACGGCCGUGUGCGAGCUGGGUGGCAUCAGGUAUCAGGGUGGUAGGCCACCAAGGUGGAAGAAUCUCUUCAACUUCAGCGUAAUGCCAUACACCGAGAGUCUUGUUAGAAUCACUGCUGCUGCUUAAGGCAUCCGGAAUCCGGAUCCUAUAGGCUUGUACUUAAUGUAUAUCUCACUCUAUUUAUCACCUAAAUACAGUGCAAUUGCCAGGAUCUGAUACUGACAGUGACUGUUUUGCGUGUUGUAUUAUUAAUUUAUCUGUUUACUACUGAGGUACUGGCUAAAGUUAUUUUGCAAUUUGCCCGGGAAAUUAAUACAUUUUGAGUUUAUUUAUU